AUGGCGACAGUUUGGACGACGCCGAUCUACAAUGCGGACCUCAUUCUCAACCAGGGCGCCAUUCCUUCAGGACCACUGCAUAUGAUCGAUUCAUCAUGGCAACACAACUCCCGGAGGGAAGACAUUCAGCACGCUCCGCAAGACGCAUACACGCGCACCUCCCACCAUUAUCACCUCCCAUCGCCAGCCGAUCAUUCACCAAUAUCGCCGUUCAACUCGUUGGAAAUUUCCAAGGAAGAGUCCACAUCCUCGAUCUCUGACUGUGUCGCGCCGUCCACAGCGGAGUACUGGAACAGAGGGACUGGUCUCACCCAUCCCCACCACCCCAGCUCGCCGGGACUGAGCCGACCAUCAGCAGGGCCCCGACGUUGUAGCGACCCAACCCCUAACAUCCUCUCCCCGCCUUCACAGGGUUACUUUCCUCACUUUCCUCACUACCCCAACAACGGCGGCGUUGCGGUCGAUCCUCAGACCAAUCCAUCCGGGCCUCGAUCCGCGCGCUCGCUACCGAUCAGCUUCCCCGAUCACUCCGCACGCACUUCGCCUGGACCUCGCCGCACUUCGGCCCAUCACACAGUGCUGAAUCGAGUUCAACAAGCAGCGACUCUGGGACGAUGCUCUUCUAUGCAGUCGCUAUCAACCGAGCAAUCCUCCGGUCGGGCUCGUCGUGUUCCUCACAACCUUGUCGAGCGCCGCUACCGCGACAAUCUCAACCACCAGAUUGAAUCUCUCCGACUGGCGCUUCCAACUCUGCGCGAUGCUCGACCUUCGGCACCUGUCUCGGCAAACGGCAGCUCUUCCAACACCGAGCAAGACGAUGGAGCAGCUGCGGGUCCUCGCAUGCCAUCUAAAGCAGUGAUCAUAUCAACGGCGGCAAACUACAUCAAGGACCUCGAGACGGAGCGCGAACACCUACUGUCUGCGACCAAGGCCCUGCAGGAUCAGGUUUACAGCCUGCAGAAAGUGGUGAGUCGCGAGGAUUGCUCGAUGAUCGGGUACUUCAACAGGAUUCCAGAGGGUUCGGGUGGAUCGCUAUCGGCUGUGAGUUCGGCGUGA